UGUCUUUCCGUCGCCCCACGUCGCGCGAUAGCCAUCCAUCCCCAACAUCUGGAAUCGUUUCUUCUUACUCGCCCAGAGCUGCUGCAACCUGCGCGUGGGGUGCGAUUUUGUCGACAUUUUGGACGCUUUUUGCCAGCUUCGAGACACGGCUUGAUCCUUGUUCACUCUUUUCGACUUCGGUUGCCUGGCGCGCUCUUGCAAGCGAUGGACAACGGCAACGCCGCCACGACGCCCGACGAGGCGGAGAAGCAGCAGGUGCUUGACGAGCUCAAGGCCAUCGAUGUGGCGAUGCAGCGGCUCAAGCUGCUGCACAUCAAGGCACGCCGAUACUGA